GAAAUGACAACUACUGAGUCAUUAACAACAGUUGCCAAACAGAACGAGACAUGGGACAACUUCUUUUCAAAAUUUGUAAAACGACCAAUAUUUUUGGUUCCAUUUGUAAAAUCUUCCACCCAGAGUUCGGCGAUUCAAAUAAGCAGUAAGAGAGUACAACGAAAUGCCUUACCUUACAACAGUGGCGGAAAUGGCGGACGUGGUACAAUCAUGUCCUAUAGUUCCAAGGAUAGAAAUGGAUUACGUCAGCCUAUUGUAAUUGACAAUAUGCAAAUAAGACGCAGGCGCUCAGUAUCAAAUGUUAAAUCGUCGUCCAAAACUGAUGUUAUAGUUUUGGCAGGCAGUAAUCCUUUCGCCUUAAUUCUUGCUAAUCGUGUACAUAAUAAUACAACAGGUUCUAUAAAGCCACUUGGCCUGUGGGAACAAAUCAAAAGAUUAUUUUAA